GCUCGUGGAGGGAUGGGGGAGUAGAUUUCUCAGCUUCGUCUUUCCACGUCGGAGCUUAUAAAAGAUAUUCGGCACAGCUUGGACGUUUAGUGUUGGUACGAACGGCGAGAAGUGGCGAGGAGUAGAAGAAGAAGAACAAGAACAAGAGGAAGAAGAAAAAGAAGAAGAAAAAGGGAAGAAGAAACGAAGGUGUCCCGAACUUUAUCUUUUCUGGAUCUUGACGACUAAAAAAAGGAAGAAAAAGAAGAACAAGAAGAAAAAGAAGAAGAAGGAGAAGACAAAAAAUAAAAUAAAAUGGACGAGGAACAAGUACAAAUGCUCAGGAGAGCUUUCUCCAUGUUUGACUCCACUAAAUCCGGAAGGAUCGAAAAGGAAAAGGUCAGGACGAUCCUUAAUACAUUAGGACACACUUUUGACGACCAUGAACUCGAAGUAUUACUGAAACAGGAAGACGAAGAUGGAAGCGGUAAACUGGAUUUUGAUUCGUUUUAUCGAGUGGCAACGCAUUUCCAAGAAGAGGACGACGAGGCACUUCAAAAAGAACUCAAAGAAGCUUUUCGUUUAUACGACAAAGAGGGAAAUGGUUAUAUACCGACCAGCUCACUUCGCGAAAUCUUGGCAGCUUUGGACGAUCAAAUAACGCCUGAUCAAAUGGAUGGUAUGAUCGCUGAAAUCGAUACCGAUGGUUCCGGUACCGUUGAUUUUGACGAAUUCAUGGAAAUGAUGACCGGUGAUUGAGACCAAAGAGGAUCCCUCUCAAAGGAUAUUUUCUUUCAAAUUAAAUUAUCAAAGCUGUGCCUUCUCAACGCAAAUCAAUAUCGCCUUCGUUGAAAAUAUUAUUUAUUGUAAUCAUUUUGGUGCUUCCGUAUCACUCGAUGCGAUACUCGUUAAAUUAAUUUUAAGCUGAAUUAAAAUAAUAUAUGUAUGUGUGUGUGUGUAUGUAUGCACGCUUAAGCGUAGGACGUAUCCUCGCAUUGAUGCAAUAAUGUACGAUAGAAUUUUACGAAAAGAAAAGAAAAAAGAAAAAAAAAUGAAAAGAAAAAAUACAACGAACGUAUUUGAAAGAA